CCGCAUACACCUGUCACUCUAUCAAUCAAUCAACAUCACAGCUCUUUCUUUACAGCUUGUUCAUGCGGCUUGAUGAGACCUAAUUCACGUCGUGAGGUCUAAACAUCGCUAUAUCAAGUUACUUUAAGCUUACUUUAACGCCCACCCUACGAUUACCUUUGAGCACGCAACCAGUCGGUCGGGACUACGCUACCACCCUGAUUAACGAUCUCAGCUCGCUUUCAUCUCGGCAUAUCGACAAAUCGGCAGACACAUUUCCUCCAUUUCCUCCAUUUCCUGUGGAGGCCUUUAAGUCUGGAUGACUUCCCAACAAGCAGCCAAGCAGGCUGCCUUGUUCGGCGGCGAGAUACAGCAGAAUGAACCUGUUCGGCAAUAUCUGGUGAAGGUGGAGGAUGUUCCUAAAUUCGAUUUGGAAUCGUACAUCGCCAACUACAAAGGACGAACACGCUUUGAUCGACUGUAUAUGAUCGGAAGCUGUUCUACCGUCCUCUCUACAGAUGCGCUCAGACUCGCCGUCGUGGAGGCCAAAUCGGGUAAGGAUGUCGCCAGAUAUGAGCGUGCGGUCCAGGCUCUAGCCAAAAUUGCCCCGAAAGAUCCCGAGGCCGUUCUGGAUAGGAAGUGGGUGGAGCGUACGAGACAGGUUGUGAGGGCUGAGACGGAUAAACUCGAACAUGAAUUGAAGGGAUACAAGAACAAUCUCAUUAAGGAGAGCAUACGUAUGGGCACGGACGACCUUGCUUCUCAUUAUCAUGCGAUCGGUGAUCUGGCUUCAGCUUCGAAAACAUAUUCUCGUCUGAAGGAUAAUUGCACUACGCCUAGUCACGCUGCUGCGAUGCAUCUCAAAACCAUCAACGUGGCCAUCGAACGAGGGGACUGGUUUGCUGUCCAACAGGCAGUUGCCAAGUACAGAAGCGGCCCUAAACCUGAAGACGAACAAAAGAAAAUCCAACCCAAAAUAGCCGCAUCGUUGGGUUUGUCUCAUCUCGAGCUCGGAAACUAUCUUGAGGCAGCAAAUAAUUUCCUGGCUGCUGAGCCUACCUUGGGUGACAGCUUCAACGAAAACCUCACAGCCAACGACGUGGCAGUAUACGGGGGUCUAUGUGCGCUAGCGUCGAUGGACCGCAAUGACCUGCAAAAGAAUGUGCUGGAAAACGGUCAAUUUCGCAACUAUCUGGAGCUCGAGCCACACAUUCGCCGCGCAAUCUCUUUCUUCUGUAAUUCCAAGUUCCGAUCAUGCUUGGAUAUUCUUGAAGAAUACCGGACGGACUAUUUGCUCGACUUUCAUCUUCAACGUCAUAUCGCGCCACUAUACACCCGCAUCCGCACUAAAUCGAUUCAGCAAUAUAGCAUCCCCUUCAGUCGCAUUACUCUACAAGCGAUGGCCAAGGUUUUCGCUCCAGACGCUGUUGGAGGUCUUGCCAGGCCUACCGAUAUCAACUCGCCAUUUGUGCAAGAGCUUAUUGCGCUAAUAGAGAAGGGCAUUCUGGAUGCACGCAUCGACCUCGAAAAGGGCCUAUUAGUCUCCAAGCAAACGGACUUGCGAGCUGAUGUGCACAAGGAGGCUAUCGAAAGCGUCGAAGAGUAUAUCAAUGAAGCGCACUUGCGUCUCCUUCGCGCAAACAUUCUUAGCGCUGGUUUACAAGUAACUGCACCGGUACUGGAUAUUAAAGCCGACCUUGGAACCCGACUCGGAAGAGGGCCAAGCUGGAACUGAGGAAAGUUCCACCUAUGCCAUGAUGACUACAUGAGAAUUCACAAUAAAAUAUGCUUAUUA